CUCUACACCUACACCAGCCCUGCAUCUUGCGGAACCAGUACUGUGUCCAUUUUUCUUCAUGGAGAUCAUGAAAAUUGGGACCCGCGGCUCCCUUUGCUCCUAGGAAGCAAACCAGACGCUAUCGUCGGUCUGAAUACUGGGCUUACUAAUUCCCCAGCGUGGCAGUUCGUUACCUUGUGCUGUCACACUGAUAAUACGCUUUUUGCCGUCACCGAAUACACAGAACAAUACGCCGAACUUCAAAGAGAUGCAAUUCCCAGAUCAUUGCCCGUGCCCUCCCUCGCUUACACUCAGCAGGAAUACCCCAUCGCAUUUAAUCCAUUCCAGCAUCCUGGACAGAGAAACUUGGGCUCAGUGCGCUUGCCGAACGUAUCGAACGGGUUGACAAUGAGAGUGGUUGGCUGA